AUGAUCGAGCAUGCUGCUGUUGCUUGUGGUAAAGAUGAUGUGAAACCCGUUCAGGGCGUCAGCCUUAUUUGGUACACAGAUCAAGGUCCAGAUGGCUCAAAUCCUGCAGCAAGCUCGAUGGACGUUGCCGAGGAAUUGCUUCGUCAAGGCGUCGUAUAUAUGGAGCCCAGCAUGCCUCACAUUCUAAGCAUGCCGCGCCAUCUUAUCGUGAGGUAUUCAACUACACAAAAGGCUGCCAAGGACCAACGCCUCAACAUUUGGCAGUAUGGCGACUUCCGUGAAGACUUGUCCGGCUAG